ACACCCUGGAGAGCGGGGGCACUCUUUCUCUUAGUCCGCUGGCCAGGAGAAGGAAAGGAGUGCUGGAGAGUGUUGUGUCGCUCUAACUCAGUAAACUCAAGUUGAACAUCUGACAGCGCAAGAUGUCUAAAGGACCAGCAGUAGGCAUUGAUCUGGGCACCACAUAUUCCUGUGUGGGCAUUUUCCAGCAUGGCAAAGUGGAAAUCAUUGCCAAUGACCAAGGAAACAGGACCACACCCAGCUAUGUGGCCUUCACAGACACUGAGCGACUAAUUGGAGAUGCUGCCAAAAACCAGGUGGCCAUGAACCCAGCAAACACUGUAUUUGAUGCUAAGCGUCUGAUAGGCCGUAAGUUUGACGAUGCUGUGGUGCAGUCAGAUAUGAAGCAUUGGCCCUUCAAGGUUGUUAAUGACUCAUCCAAACCCAAGAUGGAGGUUGAAUACAAGGGUGAAAUCAAAACUUUUUACCCAGAGGAGAUUUCAUCCAUGGUUCUUAUCAAGAUGAAGGAGAUCUCUGAAGCUUAUCUCGGCAAGACUGUGAACAAUGCAGUUAUCACAGUACCUGCUUACUUCAAUGACUCCCAGCGUCAAGCCACCAAAGAUGCUGGAACCAUCGCUGGCCUUAAUGUGCUACGCAUCAUCAAUGAGCCCACUGCUGCAGCCAUUGCUUAUGGCCUGGACAAAAAGGUUGGCGGUGAACGCAAUGUCCUUAUCUUUGACCUCGGAGGUGGUACUUUCGAUGUGUCAAUCCUGACCAUUGAGGAUGGCAUUUUUGAGGUCAAGUCCACUGCCGGUGACACUCACUUGGGUGGUGAGGACUUUGACAACCGCAUGGUUACACACUUCAUCGCUGAGUUCAAGCGCAAGUUCAAAAAGGAAAUCAACAACAACAAGCGAGCUGUGCGUCGUCUGCGCACAGCGUGCGAGCGUGCCAAGCGCACCCUCUCCAGCAGCACCCAGGCCAGCAUUGAGAUCGAUUCCCUCUACGAAGGAGUCGAUUUCUACACUUCCAUCACCAGGGCCCGCUUUGAAGAGCUCAAUGCAGACCUGUUCCGUGGCACCCUCGAGCCUGUGGAGAAGGCCCUGAGGGAUGCCAAGAGACAAGGCCCAGAUCCAUGACAUUGUCCUGGUGGGAGGCUCCACACGUAUCCCUAAGAUUCAAAAGCUGCUGCAGGACUUAUUCAAUGGCCGUGACCUCAA